AUGGAAAAUACACUCCUGUCAAAUUAUGGUCACAAACAUGUUGUGGAAGAGAAUAUUCGACGUAUGAACUGGCCCUCGAGCUCUCCGGAUCUCAAUCCUAUUGAACAUGUUUGGGAUGGUCCGGAAGAGCCGUUGCGUAAUUCUGUGCAGCGAGAAUCGGCGUGUCAAGGCCCAAAAACUUCCCACUCUGCAAGCAUUUACCCUUCCGGUAGUCAUGGUUAUGGUACCCUGAACUUUUUCCCCACGUCGCACAUUUUAAGGUAUGGAUCGGCAGAGUUUAAUUUAACUGUAGUACAUCUUACGGAUUUGCAUUCACAUUGGUUUGAAUUUGGGGAAAAUGGUCGCCUUUGUACUCCAGAGGAAUCUGCAGCUGGGAAAUGUUUAGGAGGAUUUUCGAGGCAUGUCUCUUUCAUUCGGCAGAUCCGUGAGAAAGAGAAAAAUGUUCUAGUUCUGAGUUCUGGAGAUUUUUUCUUGGGCCGCUCUCUGAAUGCUGAGCACGGAUGGAGGUUGGCGCAUGUUUUGCUCCCACGCCUGGGCCUGGAUGCUAUGAGUUUAUCCAAUCACGAUUUUGAUAGUGGAACUCUCGAACUAUCUGGAUUUCUUUAUGCGAUGGAUUUUCCGGUGCUGUGCGCCAAUAUGCAGGCUAGGAACACCAGUUUCUUGUACAGCAGGAUUAACAAGAGUGCAGUUAUCGAUGUUGGUGGCGAAAAGAUUGGAAUUGUGGGAUACAUACAUCCUGAUACGCUGAUGAAAACUAAAAAAGCCGCCAGCUUCACGUUUAGCCCCGAAAUCCCCGCCUUGGAAGCAGAAGUGAGGAAUUUGGAAGCGCAAGGCAUCAACAAGAUUAUUGCUAUUGGUCAUUCCGGCUAUUACACUGACUUGGAGAUUGCUAAGAAAGUGAAAGGCUUGGACAUUGUGAUGGGUGGCGACUCGGACAUUGUGCACUAUGAGCCAGAAAGUAACAGACGACAUUAUCCAAAAGAUACCAUCGAACAGCGGCCGGUCAACAAGACUCUGGUUCUGCACAUCCCACAGUUCGGAGAAUACGUUGGAGUUCUCAGAGUAACCUUCGAUGACGAUGGCAAGAUCAUCCACGAGAGUGGAGAAGCCGUUCGCUUGGACAACAAUGUUCCGCAAGAUAAGGAAACCGUUAAACAUCUUGCCUAUGCAGUAGAAGCACUGGAAAAGAUCAUCGAGCACAGCAGACUACCAGACCGCAGAGAAAUCCUUGGAGUGGCUCUGGGAGAUUUUGACGGCACGGCCCGUGAUUGUCGCAUCGGUCAGUGUACGCUGGGCAACCUGGUGGCAGACGCCAUAUUGUAUGAAUACCUCUCCAACUACAUUAAAGAUCUGCCUCCCCUCGUGAACUCGGAAAAGUGGGGACGUAUUGAUGCGGUGUUGAUCAACUCGGGAAUGAUUCGGCAUUCUCUACACACUGGAAACAUCACUAUAAAGGAGCUUCUCCAUUGCCUAUUUGCCGGCGAUUUUGUUAACAGGGUGCAUAUGCCAGGACAGAAACUACGCGAACUGUUGGAACACUCUGUAUGGAAUUACGAUCCGGCUGGCGUCACCGCGUCUGGUUCUUUCUUGCAAGUUUCAGGUCUUAAAGUCACUUAUGAUAUGAGCAUGCCUCCUGGACAACGUGUGAAAAGCCUGCUGAUUCGUUGCAGUAACAGUUCUGUUAUCUUCACUGAUUGCUAUGAGCCAGUGAAGCCUUACCGCACUUAUUUCAUAGCUAUGAUUGGAUACUUAAAGAAUGGAGGUGACGGCUUUGAAAAAUUUGACGACAUCGAUCCGGAAGAUUUUGGGCAACCUGAGAUUUUACUCAUUGUCGACUAUUUACGGACAGUUUAUGAAGUUCGUCCACAAAUGGAUGAUAGAAUUUCAUUAAUAAACCUAACACCUAUUCACCAGAAACUUACAAAAGCACCAAUGAUGCCCACACGAAAUAUAUUACUUGCACCUCCUUUGACAACGUCUGCCAUGACACUUGACGUGGAAAACAAAGUAACAGAAACGGAAGUAAAUACAAGAGUUGAUGACACACUCUUUUCUAAAGAUGAUGUUCAUGCAAGUGUAGUUGCCACUAACGUUACCAGUUUUAAUGAUGCAGCAAAUUUAGAGAUAAGUAAGAGGUCAAACGAAAGCGUAAAUGUUUCUUAUGAUGCUGAUGAAAAACCAUCAGGAAAAUACGACAAUGUGUCACAUGUUGAGAAACGUGACAGUUUGGAUCCUUCUGGACAAAUAGGAGAAGCAGCCCGUGGAUUUAUUAUUAUUGAACUUCCAGAAAUUAAACACCCACAAGUUAUCAAUAAAUCAAGGAAUAGCGAUUUGGUUAACCAUAAUCCGGAAAGGGACUUUACUGAUAAGGAAAACAAAAAUAACGCCAACGUCUCUGUAAAAGAUCACUCUCAAAAUGAAGGUACAUAUAGUACAGUGAGUGACGAAGCUGUCGAAACUGAGAAUUCUCUGAAGCCAUGUACAAUAGGUCACAAGACAAUAAAGAAGCAACUUCUUGAAGAAUUUAUGAAUUUAUUGAAUAGUUCCAUUCAUAAGAGUCAAGCAAAUGGUACUCUUGGGAAAGAACAAGUUUCUUUUACAAAUCUUAGUAGUCAUAGCACCAAGAGAGAGCAAGAUCAAUACAAAACAGUUCCUACGAAUAAAGACAUUCUGGAAUAUGAAAAUAGUCAAGAGCAAAUGUCUCAUGAAAGCGGUCCCGUGUUAAAUCAUGCAAUGGAGGUGAGAAUGAAUGUAACUGAUGAAUCUCUUUUUUCAAGAUUACAUGAGCCAUUUACAUUGACCCAUCCGAUUUUUCAAGGACCAGAAAGAUUCCAACAAGAAAGUGAAAAUAAAUCGAGCAACAGGUUUUCCACAAAUUAUUCACAUGCUCACAUAAUGAUUGGAGCAGCUGCAAAUCAUCUUGAAAACACAUCAAAUGAAACAAAUAUUCCUUUAGAUAUUUUCAAAACAGAUGAACUUCUGACAAGGAUGACUGAGAAUAGCAUUUUAGAUACUCCCUCUAAUGUCGAGUUCUCUACUGAGCUUGAAAAGGCAUGCAUGUUUCCUGCCUUGAGUGUCAACCAGAUAAAUCUUCCUUCGUUGACGGACUUUGUUGCUAUCGCAGCAGAACAGAAGUUGGAUACAGAGCUACAGAAACUUCUUGUUUGUACGCCGCCGGAAAAUAGCCUCAACCUACAGCCCAUGCAGCUUGGCCAGGGCACAACUCUAUAUUGUGAUGUGCGAGAUGCAAUUUUAGAUACUCCCUCUAAUGUCGAGUUCUCUACUGAGCUUGAAAAGGCAUGCAUGUUUCCUGCCUUGAGUGUCAACCAGAUAAAUCUUCCUUCGUUGACGGACUUUGUUGCUAUCGCAGCAGAACAGAAGUUGGAUACAGAGCUACAGAAACUUCUUGUUUGUACGCCGCCGGAAAAUAGCCUCAACCUACAGCCCAUGCAGCUUGGCCAGGGCACAACUCUAUAUUGUGAUGUGCGAGAUGCAAAAAUGGUGUACGGCUCAUCUUUGCGUCUUCCAGGAGAGUUUUUCCAGCCCAUGGACACCAGCAUAGUCCUCGACCCUACCAAGUUUGUGCACAAGCUGUGA